GUUGCCGUCGAUUAAUUGGGCCCCGGCCGCUAUCGACCCUCUUCCAGUGCAGCCAAGAUGGCGGCCGGCAACCACGGAGGCGCGCUCGCACCCUGGGCCCGACCGGACCUGCCGCAAGCACGCGACGCUGCGAGGGCCUAGAUGUGAAAAUAAAUGUAUCGCAGCUACCUCUGCGUCGAGGUGGUGAUCCUGCUGCUCCUGUCGCACGUGGGCUGGAAUGGGCCGUCGUCGCCGCGCGUGCAGCCCUGUUCGCGGGCGCAGUCGCGCGUGGCGCGUCAGCUGGUGCGCCGCAAGGUGACCGCCGUGCUUCAGCGAUACCGCGUCUCGCUGGGGCCCGAGUGCCCGCUGCACCCGAGCCAUGACCUGUUCUGGUGGCCGGCCGGCCUGAUGGCGGACGAGGCGCCGACCGCCGAGCCGCAGCCCAGCUGGAACUGCCCCAUGUGCGGCCGCUCCUUCUUCUGCCACGAGAAGCUCACCAGCCACUGGGACGAGGAGCACGCGCCCAACCUGCCCCCCAAGGCCGACCGGGGGGUGUGCCUGGCCGACUACUGCGACAUCCUGCGCUGCGAUGUCCUGGGCCCCCGGCUGGCGGCCGCCGAGCGUGCGUCGGCGGCUGGAUCGGCCGUUGCCACCGCCCUGCAGCCCGACAAGCCCAAGGAGGUGGCGCCCGGCGGCCGCUGCGGCGAGCCGCCCGCCGACCAUCCGCGUUGCUCCUGCGACCAGAAGCACAUGAGCGCCCUGCACCAAAAGUGUCGGAUCGUCGUACAGCAGUGCGUCAUUGGACUGCUUUCCGUUCUUUCAGUCAAGGAUUUCCAAGACAUUGAAGAUGAGCUCAACAAUAACAUCUGCUCGUACCUCACCUGCAAUAAGUACUGGGACGACUCCCUGAAUGAGGAGCGACGAGUUCCAAUGCUGUUCAGCAUGAUAAUAGGAAUAAUACUCGUCGGUGGCUUUUGCCUUUGCUACUACAUUGUUUGGAUACUUUUUGAGGCGAUCCCGCUUCCGAGCCUGAGCAGCCCAUGCGACGGGGCGCCGUACGACGACGUCUACUGCAACAGCCAGGUGCGCUUCUCGAGAUUCGGCCUGGCGACCGGCGGCCGCGACGGCGGGCCCGCGCGCCAGUGCCACUGCCGGCUCGUGGGCCGACACGCGUACCACAAGCACAGCGUGGCCGCCAGCAUGCGGUGACGUCGGCAGCGGCCAGCAAGCUGCGCUGCUCACCCCUGGUAGAAACGCUUGGGAGAAGCCGCCGGAACUGGCCGCACGACAGCCGCGGAUUGUUGCCGCACGGAGACAGGUACAGAACCGAGGCUGUCAUCUGGCUCUCUCUCUCUCUCUUCCCUGCUACUCCUGGACACCCUCGCACCGCCCUACUGCGAUCAGCCUGCGUGGACCGGCCCGGCGCCACCCUGUACGUGCAUGAGGAGUCCAGUUGCACUGUGCAUCCCGCAGCGCCACUGUGUUCGCGCAUUCACUUGCGAUGCAAUAGUCGCUUAUUGCACACCGUUCUGGCACGGGAGCGGCGGGCAAGACUCUCGUCCCUCGAUCCGCGGGCGCCGCAGUCGAUGUGGCCGCGCGCCUAUGUCCCUGCUGGCCGCCCUGUGGCGUACCCGCUCACAGUGCGCGUUGCCGCUCGAAGCAAACUUUCGCGUGCGUGUAACUGCGACCGCUCAAAGCGCUGAUCAAGUUUUCUUUUUUUUUUUUUCGAACUGUGCGAGUGCCGCGCACGCCGUCUCGGGUUGUCUCUUCGUCGCUCGGUUGGAUCUCGGCUGACCACGUGCUUCCACCGCUGCAGUAUAUGCACCGUUUCCACCUCCUCUAGGCGCAGAAAGAAAAAAAAUGUUUCCUUGUGCGUCGGACCCGAUUGCACACACACGGUGCUUUGAAAAAGACGCGCGUGGUGGGCAUGCGUCGCGCCUUAAUUGCUGUUAUCGAAUACGGUCCCCUAAAGGGACAUUAAACUAUAAACAAUGAAGCUUGCAGCCGGUUUAGGUUGGUGGGUUGCAACUCCGUGGCAGUGCGCUCCGCAAGGAUAGCGUAACUUGCCGGCAUAACAGUUAACGGCGGCAGCGUGGUAGCCGGCAGCAGUGGGCACUAAUCGUGCCAGAAGACGAGUACAGCUUCUUCUUUUUUUUUUUUUCUGGGUUAGCUGUGAAAUGUGGAAAGUUUGGCCAGUGAAAGGGCCGGCUAUCCCAAUAUCUUAGUCAAGCUAAAAGCAACAGCACAAAGAAUUAGCGGUACAGAAAUGACAAAACACUAUUGAAACAUAUACAGCAGGGCUCUGAGUCAAGAUUUCUUCCUCUGUCUAGGAUACCCUGCCCUAUGAGUAACCCUAAAUUGAAUUGCACUGGCCGAUACAGAGAAAAUUUAUUUUAUUUAUUUAUUUAUUUGUUUCUAUCUUCCUUUAUUUCUUUAUUUCUUUCCUUAUUCCUCUCUCUGUGUCCACUUCUUUCUUUUUUCUUAGCUUCUUCCCUCCCUACCUCCCUUCUUUCUUUCUUUUUUUCUUUCUUUGGCUCGCCUAUUCCGAGUAGGUUCGCUUCUUGCGCUACUCGUUUUGGACCAUCUCAUUCUGGGGAGCUUGCUUCGCCGUCUAGACAGGGAUUCAAGCCAAACAUUUUGAGCCCGUCGCGUUCUGCCGGCAGCGUUCGGCAUCCUCCACUUUGAUCCACCGCCGAGCGUAGUACAUUCCUCGGGUAGAUUAUGGGUUCGUGAAAUCCGAACGUGACCCGAGUGCUAGCUCGAGGAUUCAAGCAUAGCUCAUCGAGAAUGACGCGUUGAAUUCGCCGGUGGAUACCAAAUGCAGGCACUUUCGCGUUUCGACCUAUCUAUGACCACGUAAUAGUAAAGUAUAAUUUAUGCGACGCAAUUUAGGCAUCUGCACUGAAUUUUCAGGGGCAAAAAGAAGAAUGAGAAGCUGUAGCGCGAGCAUUGUUGACCCAAAGUAAUAUCAGUUACAGCACUCAAACGCCUUAUUAUGAGCCCGUCUAAAGUUGACACACACUCAGCUGAUAUAGCAUGGGAUGCACAUAUAUGUACACCACUCAAUGCAUUUCCUUUGCCGUCAGCCAGCAAAAUGUGUGCCAUCGCACUGCGCUUGUUUGUGACCUAUACGUCUCACAGAAAGCCUACUGAGAAUUUGGCGAUUGUGCUCUACGUAGUACGUGUCGUUCACCCGACACCACGUUGUUGUAUCUACACGUUGACUUGGCCUGGACCGCCAAAAAACAAAAUGUUGAUUUUUCUCGAUGACAUUUAUGAAAGGACAUAAAAAAGAAUUGUUGGCGUUCAACUUACAGUCGUGAUUUAUAGCAAACAAAAGAAAAAGAAAGAAAUGCGAAUGUUGGUGCGUUCUGUGACCCUUGCUUUCGAUCUUGUUUUUGUACGAGUGGAUAAUCCUUGUUAUUUCCUUCCCCAGUUCUCUAGCUUGUGCUGCUCUGUGUAGCGGUCUGUAAGUCUGUCGUGUCGUGUCGUGUGGUGCCGGGGGGACUUAAGACGGCGAAACGCUGCGCAAAUCACCCGCGUCGUUUCCACCAUUGCAGAAGGGCCGUGCAGGAAAGCUGUACAUAAAGAUAUCGGCGGCUGCUCGCAGUCUAUGGGUUAGGGCGUUGCAUCGGUUCACCCAAAGAACGAAUGGGUGAUCUCGCGCUCAUCUGAUGGAGUACAUUCUGUAUGCAUGGGGGCGAGCCAGAGUUAAGCGUACACUACUCGAUACCGGGGGAGUACUACAGAAGUGUCGAAGAUGGAGUUAAAUAUCGCACAAACAUAUUACUCCCCGAAGGGGAAUCAUAAUGUGCUUAUGAUUUGUUUUUGUUAGUGAGUGGACAUUUUUAUUUUUCGGAGAAAAAGAAAGAUAAGCACGUCAUUUACGCUUUCAUUUAUGCCUUCGUCAAGACUAUAUAGAAGUCAGGUUGACGCAGACGCAAGAUUAACAUAUAAAUACAGGCUUCCAGCAAAAAAACCUUCGCACUCCGAAAUAAAUUAUUUUUUUAUCCCACGUGAUGAAAGCCAUGCCAAGCGCUGAUGCGGUGGAGAAGAGAAUAAAAGAUGUAGAAAUAGAAAAUGGGUGAGCUGUAAGGCGGCACACAAACGUAAGCAUGCGCACAGGCUGUGUAGCGAGAGCGCAGCGCACGUAUAGUGUACGCGUACACCAGUUGUCGGGCCAGGCGUAGCGCCGUCUGCUUUCUGUCCUCGACAUCUUUUUUUUUUUUUUUGUUCUUUCGAUGAUGGUGCACGAAUAUGGAAGCAAGACCUACUGUGGAUGAAAUGUCAAUUCAUUUGUAUAAAUGCGGCGAUUAUUUGUGCGGCCGCUAUGGGCUCCAACGCGAUGCGUAAAGUGGCCGUAUGCAUAUACAACCGGGAGCAAAUGUUUAUACAGAUUACGCAUGGCACCAACAAAAAAAAGUUAGGAUAUUUUAUGGCAUAGUCGUGCAACGUGGAAUUUUUUUUCAGUACAUUGCAUCGAUCAAACACGCAGAAGUUCGCUGUAACACUUCGUUUCCGGCUCCAAGCUGAGGCUACAAAAAAAAAAAAAAAAGUGCGACAUCUGUGGCCUUCAGACUUCGCUCGCGACUGUACACGUGCCAUUCGAUUCAAGAGAAGCAAAUUACGGACCGAAGUGCCUGCCUGUGCAACGUUAUAUUGUUCUGUGAGAGCGUCCCUCUCGGGCGAAUAUCUCUCGCAAGCUGCCGGGCCUGUGCUGCAAGUCAGGGCCUCGUGGAAACCUGCUGUAUAGGGCUCUUGUUCAUCUAGACGCUAAGA